GGCUUCCGCGCGCCGCCCGCCACCAACCCGCUGGCCACCAUGUCGGUGGAGCUAGAGGAGGCCCUGCCGCCGACCAGCGCCGAGGGGGCGGCCCGCAAGGCGGCCAGGGCGGGCGGCGCGACCCCGCCGGCCCCGGCCAAGAAGAGGAAGAACCGUAAGAAGAACCAACCGGGCAAGUACAGCCAGCUGGUGGUGGAGACGAUCCGCAGGCUGGGCGAGCGCGGCGGCUCGUCGCUGGCCCGCAUCUACGCCGAGGCCCGGAAGGUGCCGUGGUUCGACCAGCAGAACGGGCGCACCUACCUCAAGUACUCGAUCCGGGCGCUGGUGCAGAACGACACCCUGCUGCAGGUGAAGGGCACCGGCGCCAACGGCUCCUUCAAGCUCAACCGCAAGAAGCUGGAGGGCGGCGCCGAGAGACGCGGGGCCCCGGCGGCCUCCAGCCCCGCGCCCGCGCCCGCGCCGCCCAAGGCCCGCACCAAGGCGGCGGCGGCGGCGGACAGGAAGCCGGCCCGGCCCGCCAAGCCCGAGCGGCCCGCGCACAAGGCCAAGAGCGGCGGGGCCAAGAAGGUGAAGAAGGCGGCCAAGCCCAGCGUCCCCAAGGUGCCCAAGGGUCGCAAGUGAGCGGGACCCAGACCCGCAUCCGAUUUCCGGUUGUCUUUUCCUUUUCUUUUUCUUUUUUUUUAUUUUUUGUGCCCUGGUUUUUGUACGGUUCGGCCCGUCCCGUGCCCCCCUCCCCCACGUCCCCGCCCGCGCCCCUCCCCCAGCGACGCCGCCGCGUUCUGUUGUUUGCUUCGGAUUUUUGAACCGGCCCUGGCGGCGCAGCUAUUGGCUCUCGCCCUUGGCAACAGCCGUCGCCAUGGUUACCGGCCCCGCGGCGCCACUGUCCGGGUGGCGCCGGCCCACCCUGCGCCCGGGGUGCGCGGUGCCCGCCUUUGCCUCAGCCUGCCGCCCUCCCGGGGCGCAAUAAAAGGUUCCAACCUUG